CCGACCCCCGCUGACCCCUGGACUGCGAACCCCCCCUUCUCCCCUUUGUCCCCCCCCAGCGCAUCUGCCCCGGCUCUGGGUGAAGCGCUCCCCGGGGGGGAGCGUGCAGUUUAAGUCCCUGACCGAAAGGGCUGUGCUAUUAUUGCAGGCUGCAGCGGAGGAGAUGGACCCCCCCACUUCGGCUUCCGGGGUGUUUUGUAGUCGGGUGUUGAGCAUGGUGAACUCGGAGGAUGUGAAUGCCAUUAUUCUGGCUCAGAAGAACAUGCUAGACCGGUUUGAGAAAACCAAUGAAAUGCUGCUCAACUUCAACAACCUCUCCAGCGUGCGCAUGCAGCAAAUGAACGAGCGCUUCCUCCAUCACACCAGGACCCUGGUGGAGAUGAAGAAAGACCUGGACAGCAUCUUCCGCAGAAUCAGGACUCUGAAAGGGAAGCUGGCAAAGCAAUACCCAGAUGCUUUCAGCCAUAUCCACGAGUCGCCCAUCCUGGAAGACGAUGACGACUUUGACCCGAUUCCCCAAAGCACAACCACUACCAUCGCUACCUCUGAACAGAGCACAGAAUCGUGUGACACGAGCCCCGAUAUCAUCUCCCCCGCCGUGAGUCAGGAUUUCGAGGAUUUGUCACAAGGGCGGCCCGACUCACCAGCUGUGAACGGACAGAGCCUGACGGAUGAGGAAGGGGCAGAUGAAGAGGACUGACCUCCCCGAGCCCCGAGGACCCCAGCGGAAGCGACCGAUCGGACCCGGAGCGGAUAAAUGGGGGUCCUCCCCUUUCCUCCCCUGUCUCUGCGUUUGUGAUGCGACAGGACAGAGGAGUGGUUCCCCUGGGUUGCCGAGCCGGGGGUUUGCAUGCAUGCAGGCAGUAGCCGCCUCAGAAAAACCUCUCGUAUUCUUGUCUAUCCCGGGGCCCCAGACCCCACGGUUCGGCCGGGGUGUGGGCUGGAGUGUGGCCGAGAGGCCCGGUGAGAAGGGAGAGGGCAUAUUGUGGAUUUUCUGAAAGUUUCUCUGCUGAUCGUUUGUGUGUGAUUCCGUCCGUCCCUCCCUCGAAGUUUCUCAACUUUCCCCAGAAUCCUUGAGGCUGUCUCUCUCUUUUCCAUGCAUGUGAAACCGAACUCGGAACUCCCUGGUAUCCAGACUCGUUCAGAUCUCCCUUCCUGGCAGCAGAGGCUUUUGGAGGGUCAGAGAGUGGGCUCGGAAUGAGUGUUUACUUCCUCUGAAAUGGCGACCAAAGCAACCACCUGCUGGGUGGGGUGCCCUGGGGCACAGUAUCGGCACUGUGCCCCUCUGUGGCUUUGGCCCUGGAUGGAUCCUGCACGUUGAAAACCGACCUGUGCGUGCACUUUACAUCCUGUACCCCCAGCAAGAACACGACCGUCAGAUGGGAGAGAGUGCACAUGGGACUGAGAGGGGAAGCACGUGGCAAAAUGGAAUCGUCACAAGAAUGGUAGUGUCUGUGUGAUGUGCCAAGCACUCUACCUAAGCCCCCGGGGUAGAUGCGAGAUAAACCAUGGCAACAGGAUUGAAUACUGUCAAAUGCCCCCUUUAGGGGCACCAAGGCAGAGGCCAGUUUUAAACAAUGCCCAAAUCCCUCUAUUGCCACAUUAGCCGGCCUCUAGGACUCCAGGGGGGAGAGCUCAACUCUAACGCCACGCACACACCCUCCCUGGAGCAUUUCUGCUCUGGGUGGCUCUGAUAGCUGCAACGAUGUAAGGCUUUUAACUUGCGCGCUCUAAUCCUCUUUCCCAUCACACAUCGUAUAUAUAUCAUAUAUAUAUAUACAUAUAUAAAUAUUAAAUAUCAAGUAUUUUCUUCUGCUAGUAUCCUUAGGGCUUUGCCGAAACAAGUGAAAUGUCACAGACAGAAGCUGGAAGGAAGCGUCUGCAUUUUGUCUGCUUUUAACCUGACGUUGCCAAUGUUUGUUUGAGCAGCACCUGGCAGAGAGCAGAGUUUGGACUCCCAGCUCGGGCUGCCGUGAAGUGAGAGGGUUGGGGUAAGGGCGUCCUCCACGGGUCCUCGGCGGAAUGGGUCAUGACUUUGAAAAUAGAAUUUAUUGGACUAUUUUUGUACCUUACUUUACAAAUAAUAUUGGAAAAUAACCAAUAAAGAGACUCCAUUGCUAAAAGGUGCA